AUGGCCAUGACGACGCCUUAUCUGGACGCUAUUCAAGCAAUUCCUGGCGAUACCCCCGGCGAAAAAUUCAGAUGGAUAAGGAAUUUUAUAAGAGAGAAACUGUCGGUGUCCGACAAUUUGGAAGAUAUAGUCGAGUCCGACAAAGUGCCGAGGAUGCUUGUACCUCUGGUGCAAAUUCAGGCGGCCAUAAUGUUGAACGAGAAGGAUCCCCAAAAUGAGAUCGCUUACGCGGCAAUAGCAGAGGCUUUAAAAUCCGAGGACGAGAUGAUCGUAAACAAAGCUCUUCAGGCCAACAGCUUCUUCGAUGGGACAAACAAAUCUAUCACUAAUAUUCGGUACUUUUCCGACAAUCUAUUUUCAUAUGUUUCCUUGAACACUAGAGCACGAAUCAUCAAAACUCUGGCACUUCAGCUGUCAUCGAAGAAGAACUCCGAUCUCGCUGAAAAAUUCUUCGUAGCAGUGGAGAAAUUAUAUGGUGUCCAGCAAGCGGUGCCUUUGUUAUUGGCAUGUAACGAUUCUUUCACAUAUAACAAGAUCGUGGAGAAGAGGCUCGUUCUGAACCGACAGCUGGUUAUACAGAUCUUCCGCAAGAAUCCAGACUUAGUCGUGCGGUAUUUAAAACUAGGUUUUAAGGACGACGAUUCCGGCACGAGGCACUUUCAUCCAGUGAAUAUUUACGACUUCAACGAUCUUCUGAUUCAGUUGAUCAAGAACAAGCUAGACUCGUUCGUAGAAUUGUGCACGUUGUACAAGAAAUGUCCGCCGGUCCUGACCAUGAACAAUAAAACCGCCCGGAUAUUCCUGAGAAACGGCAGAGCAUACCUGUACGAAAAUCCCAUAUUGUACAUUAAAAUGCUCCCUUUGAAGAAGAUCAGCGACGAGUGUAUGGAGGUUAUAUACCCGAAAUUAUUCCCCAAGAAGAUCAAAGAAUUCAAGACCGAUGACAUAUUGAAAUAUCUGCAGUACUAUCGAGAGGACAAGAAGGCGAAUCUUUUCUUGAGAUCUUAUCAACAAGUGUACAAUAAAAAUAUUCUGGACGAACCAAAGAAAAUAACUGUCAAUCUGUUGAAGAUAUUGCCAGCCGAGGAACGAGUCAGGCAGGCGAGGAUCAAGAUGACGACCGAGCCUAACGAAAUUAAUUGCAACGACGAAAUAGACCAGGUUAAUUACGUUAAUUGCUGGGAUUGUUACCUACCUGUUGAGGAGUCGCUACCACAAUUUAAAGAAGAAAUCUCUAAAGAAUCGGAGAUGAAAUGUAGAACGACUAUAGCUUGUGAAAUGAUCUAUUGUUGCCACGUGAACAGGGAUGACAAGUCUCUGCUUAAAGUUUUGACGUAUUUAAAGAACAGACAUUCUAACGAACAAGCUUGGUUCAUAUCGCAAGUGUUUCAGACUUUGUUAAAUCACUAUGAUCUACCCCAUAUGGGUGAUGAAUAUUGGGUGAUAUUGCGAAAAAUGAUAUCAUCUGCUCACAUGAGGAGAACUUUAAGGUCCAACAUCCAAACCAGCGUGUCGAUAGUCGAGGCAGCUAUUCAUCACAAUAUCCUUCAGAAUAAAAAUAUCGAUGUCUUAAUCGAUAUACUCGUCGAUUUAAAUAGUACGAGGAAGAUAGCCUAUUGGAAUAUCAUCCAGAAGUAUCCCCAAUGCGAGAAAAUGUGUCUGGAAGCUUGCAUAAACGUCGUUUCCCAGAAAUAUGAUUCCAACCUGACACCCUGGAGGGAGGACGGGGCUGGAAUCUUGUUCGAUCUGUGUACGUCGAUCUAUCAUUUCAACAAGACCCACGUAAAUAAACAUUCUCACAUAAAACGCAUGACGAUUGCAGACUAUCCAUGGUUGUUGGCAACGGUGGAGAACAUUUUGAACAUGGGCAGAGAGAGUAACGUUUAUAUACGUCAGAAUCUUCAGAAUUUAUUCAUGAAAAACGACACGGAGCUGUACAAACGUUUCUGGCCAGACGACAAAAAAUUCAAAAUACUAACGGGUGAAGUAUUCAAUAUUCUGAAAAGAAAUCCAAAAGACAUCCUGACCAAGUGGAGGGAUUAUCUAAAUAUCUGCAAGGAUCAUUGGCAUAAAUAUCAUAUGAGAAUGUUCAUCAAGGCUCUACGCUGGUACAAAGAGAUCCCAAUUAAAUUCGCUAAACAAUGUCUCCAAGAUAUAUCCAAGAACGAAAUGGAUUGUUUAAACAUAUUAGCUAUUCUCGUUCACGGAGAAACGUUCUCAAAGAUCAUCGAACCAUUAAUUUCAACGAGCAAAGUGAUGGAUGUUCAACACGAAGAUAUUAAUUACAAAUUCAUUCAGCGUAUUACAAGUGGCAUGAGGCUCGCGAAUCCACCGGUACCUCUGACAAUGUUGUCCAAAUUGUGCAACUUGGAUUGUUUGUCAGCUCUGCCAGCUUUCACGAACGCCUGUAGAAGAACAAACGCGAUGACUGUGAUAUCUUUCUCUAGGAUAUUAAGUACUCAGAGGGUAGCCGUUCGGAAGCACGGGAUAAGAUCGAUGUAUCUUGUAGCGUCCCGAGAAUACAUGAUUCGUUUCCUUCGUGUACAAUGGGAGUCCGAACAGAAUCACUCGAUCCGAAUGAUCUUGAUCUUCCAAAUCAUGCAACUCUUCAUAACGGAACCAGACUCCACCACAUGGUCCCUGUUCUGUCGAGUGAUCUCCACGCUCACGGUUGAAGACGAGAAAAUACUCCCCAAGUUAUUCAUAACAAUCAUUUCAACCCCCGACGAAUACGUGGCCGAUUACUUCAUGCUACUCAUGGAGACGGUCACUAGAUUCGAGAGGAUUGGCCUUAAUAUCAAGCAAGUCGUGGAUCACAUCAGCCACCUGCUGAGCUUUCUUAACGCGGCCAUAUGUAAUCUCCUGCCCGAAUAUUUUAUCAAAGAUCUCAUUCGAAAGUACAUCUUUAAUCAAGACGUAAACAUGUACAAGUCCUCGAACAUAUUCAUGAUCGUAGCCCUGUUCCCAGCAAAGAAAGGCAAAUUCGACGAGAGAAUGAAUCUCUUCUCCGAGGUGUUCAAGGAGAUCGUCGCGUCCAAUUGGAACGUGCCCCAUCCGAAACAUCGUCGUUUCUAUCCGAUGAACAAUGCUUUCCGCAGGUUGACAGACAUUAUCGUGACCAUGACCAUUUUUAUGAAAGUGGACGAACGACUAGUCGACAGACUUUUGUCCAUGUUCAUUUCCAUACUCGAGCCUCAAAAGGACCCCAGGUCGUAUCUGCAACUGGUAUAUUGCAAGGAAAAAAUAUCCUCGACUACGCCGAAGGAGUUUGGAUUAAAUGUGGGCAGAAGGAUAGACGAACUGGCCAAGAUGUUCUCACCGUUCUUGAUGUUCUUCAUAAUCGAUGUUUUAAAAAGCAUGCUGGUAUCGGAAUUUUUCACUGGCUACGACAAGGAAGACAUCGAAUUCGAUGUAGUUGAAGGGCUGUUGGAAGCCGGCAUUAAUUCAGCCACGUUAGUGGCAGUGAAACUGUUUAAUUCUCUUACACCAAACGAGCAGCCGGAUAGGUACGACAAACUGAUGAGGAUAUUCUUCGAAUACGAGUCCCCGAUGGUCAAGAGCAUUGUCAAUGAUAUUAUUAACAAUACCUGCAUAGAUUAA